UCCUCCUCUUCCCCAGGCUCCGCCCCCCGGCGUCCCGUUGUCAUGACGACCGGCCCGCGGGACUCCCUGGUGUGGCAGCUGGCCGGGCUGCUGCGGGAGUCGGGGGACGUGGUCCUGUCCGGCUGCAGCACCCUGUGCCUACUGACCAACACCCUGCAGCAGCUCAGCCAUGUGUUUGAGCUGUACCUGGGGCCCUGGGGCCCGGGGCAGACGGGCUUCGUGGCGCUGCCCUCCCACCCCGCCGACUCCCCCAUCAUCCUCCAGCUGCAGUUCCUCUUCGAUGUGCUGCAGAGGACCCUGUCUCUCAAGUUGGUUCACAUCCCAGGUCCUGGCCUCCCUGCACCCAUCAAGAUUUUCCCUUUCAAGUCCCUGCGCACGUUGGAGCUCCGAGGUGUCCCCCUCCACCGCCUGCACGGCCUCCGCGGCAUCUACUCGCAGCUGGAGACGGUCAUCUGCAGCCGGAGCCUGCAGGCCCUAGAGGACCUCCUCUCCUCCUGUGGCGGCGACCUGUGCUCGGCCCUACCCUGGCUGUCUCUGCUGUCCGCUGACUUCAGCUAUAAUGAACUCAGAGCCCUGGACAGCUCCCUGGGUCUCCUGUCAGCUUUGCGCUUCCUGAACCUCAGCCACAACCGAGUGCAGGACUGCGAGGGCCACCUGAGGGACCUGUCGGAACUCUGCCACCUGGACGUCUCCUACAACCACUUGCUCUUCGUGCCCAGAAUGGGUCCCUCGAAGGCUGCGCUGGGGACCCUGAUCCUGCGGGGCAACGAGCUGCAGAGCCUGCACGGCCUGGAGCAGCUGCAGCAGCUGCGGCACCUGGAUGUGGCCUUCAACCUGCUGGAGGCCCACAGGGAGCUGGGCCCGCUGCGGCUGCUGUCCGAGCUGCAAAAGCUCUACCUGGAGGGCAACCCCUUGUCCUUCCACCCUGCCCACCGGGCGGCCACCGCUCGCUACCUGUCGCCACGUGCCCGGGAUGCUGCAUCGGGCUUCCUUCUGGACGGCGAGGUCUUGACGCUCAGCAACCUCCAGGCCUCCACCUCCUCGGAGCUGGGCCCCGCCACCCCGGCUGGAUCCUGGCCGCUGGGGAGCGCCACCGAGACCUCCGCCGGCGCCGACCUGAGUGACAGCCCCUCUUCAGGGCCCGCACCCCCACUCCGGAAGGCCAAGACCCGGGUGCGAGUGAGGAGGGCGAGUAUCUCCGAGCCCAGUGACACCGACCCCGAGCCCCGCACCCUGGACCCGUCCCCGGCCGGCUGGUUCGCACAGCAGCACCGGGAGCUGGAGCUUAUGAACAGCUUUCGGGAGCGCUUCGGCCGGGACUGGCUGCAGUACCGGAGCCAGCUGGAGAGCCCGGGCCGCCCUGGGCAGGACCCCAGCCCGCUGCCCCCAGACAGCCCUGGCCCCGCGCCUCCGCUGCCUGGACCCGCACCCCCUGCGGAGACCUCGCGGGACCCAGCUGGGGGACCUGGGGUUCAGCGGGAGCCCCAGGGAGAGGAGGAACAGGAGGAGGAGGGGGAGGAAGAGGAAGAGGAAGAGGAGGAAGAAGAAGAGGAAGAGGAGGAGGAGGAGGAGGAGCUGAGUGAGGGGGAAGCCGAGCUGUGCCGCCCCGUCCUGGUGUGCCCCCUGGAGGGGCCCCGGGGGGCUCGGGGCUCCGAGCGCUUCCUGCGGGUCACCUCGGGCCACCUGUUGGAGGUGGAGCUGCGGGCGGCCCGGGUCCUAGAGCGGCUGGAGCUGGGCAGUCUAGAGGCGGCCGAGCUGGAGCCUGAACCCGAACCAGAACCAGAACUGGAACCCAGGCCCGAGGGCUCUGGGCCUCCCCCCAGGCCCCCUGUGCUGGCUCUGCGCUUCUCCUACCUCUCUCCUGCCCGGCACCUGCGGCGCUAUGUGGUCCUGGAGCCCGACGCCCACGCUGCCAUCCAGGAGCUGCUGGCUGUGCUGGCCCCAGCGGUCACGACGGCAGCACAGCGCCAGCUCGGGGAGACGCGGGGCCUGCCCAGGGGCCGCCUCCAGUGCCUGCGGUGUGGACACGAGUUUAGCGCCGAGCAGCUGGGCAGUGGGGAGGGCCGGGCCCCUCCGUCCCAGAAGGCAGACCUCCCGGUGGUGUGUCCGAGCUGUGGGAGCGACCAUGUGGUCCUCCUGGCCCGGCCUGCAACCCCGCGGCCCCCCAGCCCCGCCCAGGACGUGCCUGACCACUGUGCUGAUGGCCCCGUGGCCAGCAGCACCCCGUCUCCGACCCCAGCCUCCCAGGACCCCCACAGCUGGAACCUCAGCCCUGCUCCCGAGCGCUCUGCCCUCUGCUCUGUGGACCACCGCCUGCGGCUCUUCCUGGACGUGGAGGUGUUCACGGGCGCCCAGGAGGAGUUCCAGUGCCACAUCAAGGUGCCCGUGGUGGUGGCUGGCCGCCCUGGGGAGUGUCCGUGUGUCGUGGUUGUGUCUGAUCACAGUCUCUAUGUGCUGGAGGUGACAGGGGAGAUGAGCGGGCCCCCUGCUGGCUGGUUGCGCUGCACCCUGGCCGUACCCCUGCAAGAGCUGAGCACCGUGGAGCUGGGCCUGGCCGGCCAGAGCCUGCGGCUGGAGUGGGCGGCGGGUGCAGGUGGCUGCGUGCUGCUACCCCGGGACGCCAAGUGCUGCCGGGCCUUCCUGGCGGCGCUCACGGACGUCCUGCAGGCCCUGCCCCCACCUCGGAGGAGCGGGGUCCGCGCCUCAGAGGAGAAGGUGACCCCCGAGCACCGCCUCUGGCCUCUGCUGGAGAGAGACUCUUCCUCAGAGCCGCCCCCGUUCUUCUACCUCCGGGUGUUCCUGGUGGAAGGCCCCGCCACCCGCCCCGUGUCCCUGCUGCUGACGCUGUCCAUCCUCUACCUGCUGGAGGAGGAGCCCGCGGGGCCCCCAGCUGAGUCCCCUCUCCCGGCUGCCCCCGAAGCCUGCGAGGAGGCCCCACCCUCGGGCCCGGCGCUGUCCGUGCUGGUCCGGGAGCAGCAGCCACUCAGCAGCCUGAGCUCCGUGCUGCUGUACCGCUCGGCGCCCCAGGACCUGCGGCUCAUCUUCUACGACGAGGUAUCUCGGCGGGAGAGCUUCUGGGCGCUGCGUGUGGUGUGCCCAGAGCAGCUGACCGCCCUGCUGGCCUGGGUCCGAGAGCCAUGGGAAGAGCUGUUUUCCAUCGGCCUCCGCACUGCAACCCAGGAUGCGCUCGAUCUGGACCGCUGAGGGGCCAGCGCUGGCCUC